UAUGCAUCUAUUAGCGGAGGUGCACCACUGCUGAAAUUUGACCUACGCUUUUUUUUUAUGAGAGGAGGAAGUAAAUUAAAUGAGAGAAGAGGGGACAGGGCUCCAUCUUAUCUCUUUAGAAACUAACGUUAUAUUAAUUUGCUUUAUGGAAUAUAAUAUGACCACCGCUGCUGACUUUUUUUUGAGAGAGAGGAAAGGGGAAAUGAAAGGAGAGGAGACAGGUGGAGAUUCCUCCUACUCCUUCUGCUCAAAGAGGGACUUUUUCUUCCUGAAGCUGAAGCGACAAGGCCUUGUUGACGCUGUAAACGGGUUAUAAAUGGGGAACAGGAGCGGAGUAGUUGCAGCAGAUACAGGCUGGGUGUGGUCAAAAAUCUCUCUGCUCAGGGUUUCAUUCCUGGCAGAGAUAUUAACCUCACCGAGAUGGAGCAGGAGAGCUGUGUGGAUGGGUGGAGCUACAGCAAAGACAUCUACCAGUCUACCAUUGUCUCUGAGUUUGACCUGGUGUGCAGUGAGCAGUGGAAGCAGCCAUUCACCUCCACAGUGUUCUUUAUUGGAGUUGUUUUUGGAUCCUUCUUCUCAGGACAGCUUGCAGACAGGUUUGGAAGGAAACCGGUGCUUUUUGCAACCAUGGCCAUUCAGACAGCUUUUACCUUCAUUCAAGUGUUCUCCGUCUCAUGGACAAUGUUUACCAUCCUCCUCUUCAUGAACGGUUUGGGACAGAUGUCCAACUUUGUAGGUGCUUUAGUGCUGGGGGCUGAGACCUUGACUGGAAACGUGCGAGUCCUUUACUCGUCUUUGGGCACCUGUUUAGGUUUUGCCGUCGGCUACCUGCUGCUGCCUCUCUUUGCUUACUUUUUGAGGGAUUGGAAAUCUCUCCUGCUGGCUUUGUCUGUGCCAAGUAUGAUCUACCUCCCCCUCUGGUGGUUCAUCCCAGAGUCUCCUCGCUGGCUGCUCUCUCAGGGAAGGGUGGAGGAGGCUGAAGCCAUCGUGAGAAAGGCUGCUAGGUGGAAUAAAGUCCGGGCUCCGAGGGUGAUCUUUGAAGGUUACAGUGUAAGUGUUAUUAAGACAAAAGGAAACCCUGACGAACACUACAGUGUGUUGGACCUGCUGAGGAAAAGCCAGAUCAGAGUCAUGACUCUCAUUCUUUGCUUGCUCUCGUUCACUAUGACUAUUGGAUACUAUGGCCUAUCCUUCAACACAUCCCAGCUCCAUGCUGACCCAUACAUCAGUUGUUUCAUCUCUGCAGCUGUAGAGGUUCCUGCUUAUAUUUCCAGCUGGCUGGCUCUGCUAUACCUUCCACGGCGAGUGUCUGUCAUCAGCUCUUUCCUGCUUGAAGCAGUGCCACUCUACCUCAUCCUGCUCAUGCCCAAAAGUCUGUAUUAUCUUUCUCUUGUACUGGAGAUGUUGGGUAAAUUUGCAGCCACCACCGUAUCCUCCCUGAUGUUUGUCUACAUCGCUGAGCUUUACCCAACAGUGCUCAGGAACACCGCCACGGGGGCAUGCACCACAGUUUCCAGAUUGGGCAGCUGCAUGACACCAUUGUUGUUAGAGUUGGGUGGAUACUUUAAAUACCUUCCUUAUAUCAUAAUGGCGACCCUGGCUGUUGUGUCUGCGUUUGCUUCUCUCUUCCUGCCGGAGAGUUUUGGAAAACCUCUCCCUGAAACUAUUCAACAGAUGCAUCAAAGAGAAAGAAUGAAGUGUCCAUGCAUCCCUGGAAAAGAACCCCCAAAAACCUUAGUACUCCUGGACAGUACACUAUGAUUAUCUGCUGAAGUAACACUUCACUGACAAGUUCAUUUAUUGAUAUUUCUUUCCAGUGCUUGUACUUUUUUACAUCAUAUAUAUUUUUUUAAAUAUGGAUAAAUAUCUUGAAUAAACUGGAGAAAAUUAAAAACUAAUAGCUUGACUUUUUUUUAAAAUCUAUUUAGAAACUUCACCACUCAUCAGGCAUCUGCAGAUUUCAAAGGUCUUUGUGUUCUAUAAAAAACAGUUGUUAAUAAUUGUCUAGCAAAAGUUGCAACAUUCUUAUUUUUGUCGUAAAGGCCUGACACGAGUGUUUUUUUUAUCA